CGAUGCAUUUACGAAAUGCGUGCUAACUAAAAUUUGACGAGAAAGAAUAAGUAAGUUAUAUGCAGAAGAGGAAAUAAACCUUCUUCAUUUCAAUGGCUUCUCUUACAUUUAGACCUUUCAAAAUCACACUCGUUCUAGCACAAAUCUUUCUCAAUUCAAAUUUUGGUUUGGCCGCCGAUACUCAAACAAAUCCAAAUUCUUCCAUAAAAAAAAUCUAUGCUUUCGGGGAUUCGUUCACAGACACCGGGAACACUAGACCUCCAUCGUCGGGUCCUGGUGGUUUUAACCAUGUCUCUAGUCCUCCAUACGGCAGCACUUUCUUUCUCAAACCUAGUGGCCGAUAUUGUGACGGGCGGAUUGUAAUUGACUUUGUGGCGGAAGCAUUGUCAUUACCGCCUUUGCCUCCUUACCUUUAUCUUGAAGGCAAUAAAACCGAUCAGGGGUUGAAUUUUGCUGUCUCCGGCUCUACGGCUAUAGAACAUGAAUUCUUUGUUAAGAACAAUAUUAGUUCUGCUUUUAAUUUAACGUCCAUUCAAAAUCAGAUCAAUUGCUUCAACGAGUUCUUGGAAAAGAAAGGAUGUAAAGGGUCGGUUUCAUCCAGUUCUGAAUGUAGUGGGCUGCUUGAAGAUUCGUUGAUUUGGUUUGGAGAAACGGGAGCUAAUGAUUAUGCAAUUUCUUUUCCAUCUUCAUUCUCAAAAGAUACUAUUCGAGAGCAUGCAGUUAGCAGCGCAAUCACAGCCAUACAGGCGCUAUUGAGCAAAGGUUUGAAAUCAAUUGCUGUUCAAGGUUUACCUCCAAUUGGAUGCUUAACAGCAAAUCUGUUUGUGGCUCCGCCAAAUGAUAAAGAUGAUAUUGGUUGUGGAAAGAACGGAAAUAACCAAAGCAACACUCAUAAUGUUCUUUAUCAAGAAAAAUUGGAAGAACUCAGGAAGCAAUUUCCAAAUGCUAUCAUUGUUUAUCUUGAUUACUAUAAGGCUUAUAUAGAUACUGUAAAGAAUGCAGAAAGUUAUGGGUUCAAAGAAAAGUUCAUGGCAUGUUGUGGAUCAGGAAAUCCACCUCUCAACUUUACUCUGCCUGCUUCUUGUGGCACAGCUAACACAACUAGUGCAUGUGCAAAUCCUAAUGAAUAUAUUAAUUGGGAUGGAGUUCAUCUCACUGAAGCCAUGAAUAAGGUGCUUGCUAACAUGUUUCUUAAUGGAACUUACAGUCAACCACCAUUUCAAAGCUUGUUAACUGGCAACAAUGACGGAGGGAGCGGGGCGCCAGGGCCAGCCUCAGCCGCAGCCGUAGGCCCAGCCGCAGCCGCAGCCACAGCCUCAAACCCAGCGGCGGCCCCAGCUGUUGCCCCUGCCCCCUAACACAAAAUUUUUUAAAAACAGUUAUACCCUAAAAUAUAGAAAACUUUAAUUUUAUUAAUAAAAUAGUGAAUUUUUUUUCAAUUUUAGCACCCUUAUAUUGUGAAAAUUUUUUUCAUUACUUUUGCUUGGCACCACUAACUGAGUGUUAAAAAGAAAUUGUUUUUAGAUGAGGUAAUACCGUGAAAGAGUUAGCUUGCUAGUAUCAUAUUAGUUUGCAUUUUAGGUUUUGAUUAAAAAUAGAUCAUCCACAUUGAAGCAAAUCGCAAAUAUUUACCAUUGUAUAUGUAGUUUUUUUAAAUUGCAAAUGCUUCGAUAUCAGUGUUUUUUUUUU